AAAAAGGAAAACUUUGCCUUAACGGUGUCGUUUUUUUCCUAAGCUUCUCCGUUCUCUUCUAAAACCCUUAAAACUUGAAUGGUUGGGUCUCUUCCGUUCCACGAAAAAACCCUAGCUCUCGCUUCCUCUCUUUUCUACUGGACAUCAACGAAAAUGACAGUGGAAGGAGUGAACCCGAAAGCCUACCCACUCGCAGGUGCGCAGCUCACAAUAACAAUCAUGGAUCUUGUCCAACAAGCCGCUAACUACAAGCAGCUCAAGAAAGGCGCCAAUGAAGCUACGAAGACCCUCAAUAGAGGCAUCUCUGAGUUUGUGGUGAUGGCUGCUGACGCCGAGCCACUUGAGAUUCUCCUCCAUCUUCCUUUGCUCGCCGAGGAUAAGAACGUGCCUUAUGUAUUCGUUCCUUCAAAGCAAGCACUUGGUCGCGCAUGUGGAGUCACAAGACCUGUCAUUGCGUGUUCGGUUACAUCUAAUGAGGGUAGCCAAUUGAAAUCCCAAAUACAACAGCUCAAGGAAGCCAUCGAAAAGCUUUUAAUCUAAGUUUAUGAAUGCACGCGAAUGUGAUCAGUGUAGUUGUUGCUCUUUGGAGGCUUGAUGAAGCUGUGCUUCAAGAGGUCGAAGCUUUGAGUUUCAACCUCUAAAUUCAUAGAAUUGAAUUAGUCUGUAGCUUGUUUAACGCGUGCAACUGCUUAUUAAUUGCUGUUUUUAGAUAGUUUCAAUUGUAUUUUCUUCUGACAUUUGCUGAUUACGUGAGUUAGUUCAUGGUUUUUCUGAAAUUAUGGUGGGUUUUUUCCCCAAAAUUAGUGAAA